AGCUGGAACACCCCAGAUAGGUUCAACACCGAACUCCACCUGCACAGCUUCAUCUCCCUGCUGCUCCACCCAACCUCCAGAGGCUCUGUGACAUUUUACUGACGGGGCUCCAUCAUGGUGAGGCCUGGUGCACUGCUCCUCCUGCUGGCAGUUGCUGCCAGCCAGUUCGACCUCUAUCUGUCCCAAGAACCCAUCACCGGACCGACAACUGUGGAUAUAAGCAAAUGUAAAGUCAAAAUUUAUGGAGAAGAAUACUCAAAGGCCGACGUGUCCUAUGUAGAUGGGUCUGUCACAGUUUGCUUCAAAAAGGAGGGUGAAACUGCUUCAUCUGUCUGUGUGUCAUUGGAGGAUGGAGGGGGUUCAGACACACUGAAGGCGUUGAUAACAGAAGAAGAAACUAGCAAAGAAAUUACCGACGAAAUGUCACAGUUCACGACCACCUCAGCUUGCAAUAUUGGACUGCAAUUCUCAAAUGGAGACACAUCAAUUUUUGAAUGGAGAUUCUACAACUUCGGCCAGCAAACAGCUCUGAGAAUUAAGUCAGAUGCAGACAGACCGGAUCAUUUUAAAAUUACUGCAAAGGUCGAUGAGUCAACAAUGGGUACGUUGGACCUUACUAACGAAGAAGUGAAGAGCAAUGCUUAUAUGGACUUGAGUGGAUGCAGACACGAUGAUGACACUCAUUUACCUGGUGCAGUGUUGGAUCCCAGUCCAGCAACCUGCCACUCAACAAUAUGUGAUAAAUCUGCAAACAUCGUGGAUGUCUCUUCAUGUUUAGAAUGGGAGGUCUGCAAGGGCAACGACAGAUGUGUGCCAUCCAAGGUCGUGUGCACUGUGACCGGCUCCUCUGUCAUUGAUUUCUUCAACCGCGAACACCAUAUUGGGAAUCGGUGCGCAUACACUCUACUGGCGCCUCAAGAAGGUUCGGAUUUUGAGCUGGUGGCCGUUUUCAAGGAGCGACGUCGUACAGAUGUGGCAUUCUUGGACCACUUGGUACUAUCACAUAGUGGGCAAAAAAUGCACGUGGAACAAGGUGGAAGAGUUCGGGUUGAUGACGAAAUACUCGAGCUUGGCGCCGAGUUUGAGACGCAUCAUGGUGUGGAGCUCUUCAAGGACCUCUAUGGAGUUACUUUUAAGAUACCUUCUUCCACCGAAAUGGAAGUUGUCUUUGAUGGCAACAGCGCACAUAUUAUAGUUCCUGAGUCUGAAGCUAUCCUGGGCUUGUGUGGCAACCCUGCCGAUCCUGAGCAGACUACCUCCGCGAGUGAUCAGAAGUCAGACGAAAGUGCAGACAGCUGUGAGGAGGAGCACACCGAUGACCAUGACGAUCCAGAAUGCCAGCCCUUAACUUCUUACUGUGAACUCAUGAAGCAGGCUCCCUUCAAUGCCUGCAAUGAUAAAAUUGACCCAACGCCCUACAUCACUGCCUGCACAAACAUUUUGUGCCACUACCCGGAGGUGGACGGUCACAAAUGCCAGUUUUUCGAGGCUUACGCCGAGUCCUGCAAGCUGAAACACAGAAUCACAGUGGACUGGAGUUCAACGGACGGCUGCUCUGCCGAGCCUCGGCCCUGUCUUGACCACUACUGCAGUGAGGACGAGUUCUGCGGCGAGAAGCCAGGUGGAACCCGCUGCUUCUGUCGGGCUUUGUUUGCCUCCAAUUACGCAGACACUUUAGGUGAUCCGACUGUCUGCAAGCAGAACUCUGCUACUCUUACUCUGGCAAACUGUCUGCUGGAAGACAAAGGCGUCAACUACAAAGUCUUGCACCUCAACGACAAGGAGUGCAUAGGUGACUUUGAUUCCAACAGCCACAUGGUGACCUUCUACUUUGACACCAGCAAGAGAACCUGUGGAGCAGAGGUCAAGGAAGAAGACGGCAAAGUUUCCUUCACCAAUGUUAUCAUGGCAAACGAUGGCUCCAAUGAAGUCAUCGUCCGCCACGACCAAGUACAUAUCGACUUCUCUUGCUUCUACAAAAAGCCAGAGAUCAAGGACGUGACCUUCAAGCUCGCAGACAGCUCUGUGAUCAAGACCAUUGAAUCUGGAGAGUGGACUUACACACUGGUGAUGAAUGCCUACACCGACGCUCUCCACCUGCACCUUAUCGAUACAGACACGUAGGUCCAGCUGAACCAGAAGAUCUGGGUGGUGCUGAAGACGGAGGGGCUGGAAGACAGCAAGAUCGCCGUGGUGACCAAAUCCUGCUGGGCAACAAGCGAGCACUCAGCUGAUGAUGACCCACGAUACAACCUCAUCACGAAUGGAUGUCGUGAUGACUCGACAGUUAAGGUGUACGAAAGCGGACAGGGAUUGUCUUCCUCCUUUUCUUUCGACAUGUUCCAGUUCACUGGGAAAGAUGGCGAGAUCUACCUAAACUGCCAAGUGGAGCUGUGCCCAUCAGAGGACAACAACUGUGUUCCGGAGUGUGACGACGAAAAAAGGAGGCGUAGAUCUUUAAGGUCUAAAUAUGCAGCUAGAAACUCAGCCCUCAUCACUAUGGCCUGGAAUAAGUAAAGACGGCUCUCCUUCUGAUGGACUACACGGUGAUUCCUGACUUAAGCUUCGUCCCAAUAAAGAGCCUGAAGUCUCAGAAGUUAUCGUUGCUGUGAAACAACGCCAGAUAAUCUUCAUUUGAUCCACCUGAUCCACCUCAUUUAUUAUCUCUGCAGAAUCCGUGGGCUGCUGAUUCGACCCAUUGAUCCAUGCAUAUAUAAUCUGUGGUGAAAUAAUGGGAGUAAAGUGCAAUUUAGUACAAAAAUAAUCAAUGAAGGGUUUAGAGAGUUUUAAAUAGUCCUUACACUACUUUCUGGUGCUGUGGCUUCUUUUAAAUUAUAGUAGUAAAGUGUGCACUGGGGAAGAAAAAUAAUCAAAGGCAGUGUUAGAGGAAUUUAUUUAGUUCUUGCACUACUUCCUGGUACUUUUCUUUUUAAAAAUACGCUACAGUUAAAAAGUUUGAUAAUCGAUAUUGUAACAGAGAUGAACUAACAUUAGUUACAUUCAAGAUAGUUUGGGCUCUAAAAAACAGAAGAAGUCCCAAGUCAAGAUUAACGAGUACCAGGCAUGGAUGUAUUAAGAGACCGAGAUACAGCAUUGGCGUCGGGCACCGAUCGUUCCUUUUAUAGUUGCUUAGUUGCACAUUAAGCCAAAAAAGCUCCAUUGCUCUUGUAUUAAAUUACUCACAUGAUUGACACUGAUUCCGCCAACUUCCGCUGGCUUAGCAGCUGAUUUAGCGCGGCGCUAAUUUGAAUGGGGGCGAAAUAAUUUAAUCUUACGGGUCUUUUAGACUUGUUGGGGGUUGCGACACUUUUAACAACUGUAUGCACUGAUUUAUAGACGCCACUUUUCAAAUGUAAGUUUAUGAGAAAAAGUAUUUUGGGCCCAAUGGCAUCACAUGACGGACCCCGGAAAUUGCAGUACCACUGAUUCACCACCAUGAAAAUUGUCUUCAAAGCCCAGAGCUCUUCCUGUGGGGCCCAAGUCUUUAACUUCAAGUUUCAAGUUGUAAUAUGUUUGCUAAAUGUUUUGUCAUUUUAACAAGAGAUAAAAAUAUAUCAAGUGUACAAAACAAUCAUGGAUGCUUUUAAAAAAUGUGCUUAUUUUUAGAACAAGUUUGGUAAAUGUUACCUUGCUGUUUAGCUAGCGUGAGCUAACAAUUAGCUUGCCAUCUAUGUUAAUAUUUGUCUUGUGCGACUUCAAAUGUAUCCAACACAUUUUGCAUCCUGCAAUUCGUUUAUUUGUUGACCACCAUAUCGUUUUUGUUUGCAAAUUAAAAUUAUCUUUGGUAUCAUCAGUUCAAAAAGGCGCACAGUAACAUAAUGUUAGCUCUUCACUGUUCGUCAUGAAAGACCAUUCAGAAAUAUAGCAUAGUCCUCUCAGACAUUAGACUGCACCCAAUUAAUCCUCUGCAGCAGACGAUUCCAAACUUUUGAACAGUUAUGUAUAAUGUCUUCUGAAGGGAGCUGGAAUAAAAAAAGUUUCAUCAUUUA